AUGGACGGAACUCAUGUAUGUGUUAAAGUAAAGCCUGAAAUACAAGUCAUGUAUUGGAACAGACACGACUAUGCAAGCAUCAACAUAAUGGCAAUUUGUGAUAUGAAUAUGCUAUUCACAUACGUAUGGAAUGGAGCACUGGGUUCAUGUCAUGAUACAACUGUCCUUUCACUUGCACAAAAUGGCGAUUCUGAAUUUCCAUUACCACCUACAGACAAGUAUUAUGUAGUUGACUCUGGGUAUCCUAAUAAGCAAAGAUUUUUAGCUCCUUAUAGGUCAACACGAAAUAGAGUUGUGAGAUAUCACAUGUCACAGUUUUAUACUAGUCCUCCUCCGAGAAAUAAGGAAGAAUUGUUUAAUAGGUCUCAUGCAUCUCUUCGAUCUAUCAUUGAACGCACUUUUGGAGUGUGGAAGAAGAAAUGGAGAAUUUUAACCGAUUUUCCGAGAUAUGAUAUGGAUAUCCAAAAGAGAGUAAUUAUUGCAAGAAUGGGUCUUCAUAAUUUUACUAGAGUUUCAAAUUUUAUAGAUGCAGAUUUUGUGGAAGAUUUUACAGAAACUCAAACUGAGGAUCAAGACAAUGCAUCUUAUGAGCUUGAUGAAGCAGAGAAUGCAGAUGGACAACACAUGGCGAACAUUCGAGAAACUAUCGCAACUAUGUUAUGGAAAAACCAGAGUAUUUGA